GCAAGUUGCGGCGGGCGGUUCGUUAUUCUCUGCGACGACUGCUGCACAACUAUCAACUGCUCGAGUAGGCGGAAAGCCUGAACCAAAAUCGGAAAAGGCCGGGUACAGACAAAAAUGUCCACCAAUGAGCAGGGCGUCGUGUCUACAGCGCAAUCAGCUGAGCUGCAUUCAAUGUUCCAUUCUCAGAAGCAAGGAAUACUACAGUCUUUAGAAGAGCAGCCAUCGACAUCCAUUACUGAUAUAUCCAAGCGUAUAUCGUCUUUGAGGACGUUGGUGGACAGUUUUGGCGAGGGAUUACCCAAAUACGAUCGUGGACGAUAUGCCAGUCAAAUAACAGAGCUUGAAAGUAAAGUGGCUGUUCUGAGAGCGAAAGAAAAGCCAAAGAGUCGAUUCGCAUUUACAAAACCGAAAUCUUCGCCUGGUGCCGCACAGUCGAUCCCCAACGCUUCUUCACAGGCAACGUCAAAUAUCUCAAGCUUGACAGCGUCGUCGUCGUCGUCUUCUGAUAGUGGUGACAUUUCCCAAACCCGGGGACUUUCGACUUUUACACCGGCAUCCACGUCCACGUCCACGUCUUCGACGCACACGAUAUCUUGUCUCGCGAAUACGAUUGUGCGACCCGAGCUCGCACCAGGUACAGGCGCAUACACACUAUCCCUCUCAUCCCUUUCUCGCUGCGUGAUCGACCUAUGCCCGCCGCGCGCUACAGGAACGGGACCGGAAGUGGGGCCACCACGAGCUCCAGCGGAUGGAACGACAUGGACAGCAGCAGGACAAAGACCGAUCCUGACAGCUCUGCACGCCAAGGAUCUCGAGCAAUGUAUCAUGGUAGCUCCCGUCCUGCCGGGAAGCGCCAUGCUCUCCGGGAUGGUGAACUGUCUGGUCAUUGUCGGUGCCCAGCAGUUUAGAAUACAUUCCUCGACAAACACACACGUGUUGCUAAAUGUUGCUUCUCUUCCGGUCAUCGAGCACUGCACGAACGUUGCCUUUGGAGCUUAUCCUUCUUUUUUACUAUCCACUCAGCCGGCGUACGAGAGUAGACAUACUCAAGUCCAGGAUUUCGAUUGGGUGCGAGGCGGUCAAUCACCCAACUGGAGUUUAUUAUCAAAAGAUCAAGCAUCAACAUUGUUCACGCAAGAAAUGGCGAGUCGGUUGUACGACGAGGGUAUCAAUGUCCGAGAGAAGGAGAAGGGUGAACACAUGGCGAUGGAAUGGACAGAGAGAUUAAUCGAGUUGAGCGCAUUACAUCCUUCAUAAAGCAUUACUUUUUUUCCAUUUUCUGUAUUACAUCUGUUACAUCUUGUG